AUGGCAUUUGCCAUGAUGGUGGCGACGAACGGCGACCGGUUUCCCCGGUUACCCACGUUUAUGGUGACAGCUACAGCCUUGGGGGGUUACAUUGCCCCGUUGCGCCAAGACCCCUCGUUGUUUAUCUAUUGCGAUGUCAACAUCAAGCGAUCAAGUGCUGCCGCUAACUCGCUUCGAUCGCUCAACCACGGCGACGCCAUGGCCGUAAUCUCUUGCUUAACCCACGGCAUUUGUGGACUGGUAGUGUUCAUCCUGGCACGUUAUGUCAUUUUCCCGGGGAUUCGAUACGUCAAAGUAUCGUUUUGGCUGGGCUUCUACUUCGCGUUCUUCGGUCCAGACGUGGACGAAAUGUUGUUCCUAGUGUUUGUCGUUGUUGCGUGCGCCCUGCUAGCCCUCAUGAAGGCCUACCUUUCGUCCGAGACACCGCGCUUUUCAUCUGGGGCGCCGCGUGACUACCUCCUUAGCUCAUCUCGCUCUGCCACGUACUAUGGUGCCACCGUGGCAUUGUUGCGGUUGGCCACGGAGCUCUCGUUGCAAAUAUUGGCCGUGCCCGACCCUUCAUGUCUAAACCAGCGCUCUAGGCCCUUUCGAUUGUGCAACCCAUUGCAUUUGCCUGUUUGCGUGACAACGUUGUAG